AUGAAGCUCACCCACGGCACCCUCACCCUCGGCGUCUGGGCCAGCACGACGCUCAACCGUUUUUCUCUAGCUGCCGCCGCCGCCGCCGCCGCGGCGCCCCCGAACCCAGCCUCAUGCUACGCGACCUGGGGCCUGGAGGGCUUCGCGCACACGAACCCGCUGGGGCCGACGACGGGGGGCGCGGCGGGCCCGACGGUGACUGUGACGACGGCGGCGGCGCUGCAGUCGGCGGUGGCGGGGACGGAGGCGCGCGUCGUGGUGGUGCGGGGCCAGAUCGAGCUGCCGUCGCGGCUCAAGGUCGGAUCCAACAAGUCGGUCGUGGGCCACGCGGACGCGUCGGCCCACAUCACGGGCGCCGGGCUCGACGUCUACAAUGGCGACAACGUUGUGCUGCAGAACCUCAAGGUGUCGUUUUUGCUCGGCAACGACGCCAUCACCAUCCGGAAUUCGACCAGGAUCUGGGUCGACCACAACGAGUUUGAGAGUGACCUGGAUGGCGGGCCGGAUAAAUAUGCAAGUCCUCCUUCUUUUUUGUGUUAUUUCGGUUGUGAAGAGAGAUUUGGAGAAGACGACGGCCAGAUCGACAUAAUCCGCGCCUCGGACUGGAUCACCGUGUCGUGGAACUACCUGCACGACCACUGGAAGUCGUCGCUGGUCGGCAACGACGCCACCUUUCGCGACCUCGACUCGGGCCGCCUGCACGUCACGUACCACCACAACCGCUGGCGCAACGCGGGCACGCGCGGGCCGGCCGGCCGCUUCGGCCACCAGCACGUCUACAACAACCUGUACGAGGACUUUCGCCACCAGGCCAUCCACUCGCGCAGCGACAACCAGGUCCUGGUCGAGGGCAACGUCUUCAGGGGCGACCUGACCGGCGAGGCGCUGAGCACCUACGGGCUCGUCGUGCCCAUGGACAGCCCCAACACGUGCGAGUGCGGCGAUGAGGAGCUCGAUGGGUUUGCGAACCUGGGAGCGGCCAACGACUGGGGCAAGGCAACCAUCAACAUCACCCAGGUCGGCAACUUUACCAAGGCGCCCUACGAGUACAAGCUGACGCCCCUGGAGCUGGUCGAGAAGGUGGUGAAGAGCGGUGCUGGUAUUGGCAAGAUUUGA